CUUUGCAGGAGAACAUUGAUUUUACAGAGGGCCUUUUGAAAUAUACUAAUCAUGAUUUUUCAUGCACUUUUUGAAUAUAUGGACUUUACUGGUUGUCUGUUGUUGAGCUUUGUAGUGUUACUCCUGACACAUGUUGUCAGAAACUGGAGGCCACACAGCUUUCCACCUGGACCCUGGGCUGUGCCUUUUCUUGGAAAUGUCUUCACAGGAGUUGAUUUCAAAACAUUGGAAAAGCUUUCUCAGGAGUACGGUCCAGUGUUCAGCCUGAGGAAAGGCAGUGAAAGGGUGGUGUUUGUUUCAGGAUACAAGAUGGUCAAAGAGGCUCUUGUUAACCAGCUAGACAGCUUUCCUGAUCGACCUAUUGUCCCUCUCUUCCAUGUUGUCUUCAAUGGGCUUGGUUUAUUUUUGAGCAAUGGUUACCUGUGGAAGAAUCAGAGGAAGUUUGCCAACACUCACCUGCGUUACUUUGAGGGCCAGAGGUCACUGGAAAAAUACAUUCAAGAGGAAAACAACUUCCUCUGUGAAGCCUUUAAAGAGGAACAAGGCAAACCAUUCAACCCCCACUACAUCAUAAAAAAUGGAGUGAGUAACAUCAUCUCGUCUGUGCUCUUCGGACAUCGCUUUGAAUACAGUGAUCAAAGCUUUCGGAAGUUUCUAGAGUUGGACAACGAGAUCUUUGUGCUCUCUGGCUCUGCUCAGACUCAGCUGUAUGAUGCCUUCCCGGGCUUAAUGAAGUACCUGCCUGGACCUCACCAGACUGUACAUGCCAACUAUAAGGAGAUCAUGAGUUUCCUGAAAAAGGAAGUAGAGCAGCACCAGGAGGAGUGGAACCCUGAUGACCCUCGUGAUUAUAUUGAUGCAUACCUGUCAGAAAUGAAGAAGAAAAAAGAGGAUCCCCAUGCUGGCUUCAACAUUGAAUCCAUGCUCGUAGGCAUCGUCGAAAUGCUGGAGGCUGGUACAGAAACUCCUUCCACCACUUUACGCUGGGCCCUCGUAUACAUGAUGCACUACCCAGAAAUACAGGAAAAAGUCCAGGCAGAGAUAGACAGAGUAAUCGGACAGUCUCGUCAGCCCACCAUGGCCGACAGACCCAACAUGCCUUACACUGACGCCGUCAUCCAUGAGAUUCAAAGGAUUGGAGCUAGUGUUCCCCUGGGGUUCCCCAAAAUGGGCAGGAAAGAUGCUACACUUGGAGGAUACUUAAUACCCAAAGGCACAGCUGUAUUUACAAUCCUUGCAUCUGUGCUGUUUGACAAGAAUGAGUGGGUGACCCCAGGUAUCUUCAAUCCGGAGCAUUUCUUGGAUUCAGAGGGCCAGUUCCGCAAAAGAGACGCCUUCUUACCGUUUUCAGCAGGUAAACGUAUGUGUUUAGGGGAGCACGUGGCCAGAAUGGAGCUGUUUCUUUUCUUUACAUCUCUCUUCCAACGCUUCACCUUCUCUCCUGUUCCUGGAGAAAUGCCCAGCUUGGAAGGAGUAAUGGGCGUGACCCAUUCCCCUCAGGAGUUCAGGGUGCUAGCUAUGCCUCGCUGA